GUGUAGGUGCUGUAUCAGAAUGUGGGGGUGCUGUGUCAGAAUGCGGAGAGGUCGUACUUCUGCAGCGUCGAUGUUUCCUUUAAAGUGCUUCUCCUUCAUGCUUAUCGUGAGGAACUAGGAGUGGUCAGUAGCAUUCAUCUCUCAGAGCUCCUCUGCUGAGUCCUACAGCAGCACAAGACACUCGAGUGCAGAAACAGUCUGAAAAGAGUUAUACGCUGUGCUGAGUUCUGGCCUUUUAAGAAAUUCUUAAAGGAGGUUAGUGAUGUGUGGAGUAGAAUGCAAACUCUUCUGAGGAUUCUGUCACUGUUUCAGGUUCUGAUCUGUGUGGAAAUGAAGAACCAAUCUGGAAAUGUGUUUACUGGAACAGAAGGAGGCAGAGUGGAAAUAUCCUGUAAUUAUCCUGAUGGAUACCAAUAUGUGUCCCACUACUUUUGCCAUCAUCCAUGUGGUUAUUCUGAUGUUUUAAUUGAAACUCAGAAGGCUGAUAAAGUCACCUCUAAAGGCAGAUACUCUAUACUGAACAUUGUGUCUACACGGAGCCUUUCUGUCACUAUCAGAAACCUCAGAUUAGGAGACUCUGGGGUUUAUUACUGUGGAGUGGAUAAAUGGGGAAAAGACAGACUCAGUAAAGUAGAGGUCACUGUCAGGAAAGCAGUUACUCCUAAGCCCACUGCUGCUCCACUGUCCACUCUUCAGACCACUACAGACCUGUCCAGUGUGUCCACAGUCACAAAGAUUACUGCAGAUUUUUCCAGCAAAUAUGAACAAGCAGCAUCCACAACACAGUCCACACAUCCCUCAGUCCUGCAGGAGCUUCCUGUAUAUGGAGGGGUGCUUGGUCUGUUCCUGUGCUGUGCUCUUGUGGCUUUUGUGGUUCUCUACAGAAGACCAUCUAAUGCACACGCAACACCUCUUGUGCUGCAAACAUUUGUGCAAACCCUGCCUGUGCAAACGGAAAGUACACUACGCUGAAAAAGCCAGAGCGACGACCCACUUCUAAAGAUGUUUCUGAACACGGCAAACUUUCCAGUUGCACAUCUACACUGCCCCCACAGAAAGACAUUCACAAAUUCAGAAAGGGGCUGAACCACAGCACCACUGUGCAUUUAAUAUGUUUAAAGAGUACGGUUGUCAGUAUGGGGGGAGGUGUAACAGUGUGACUUGGCCUUGACUUCCAGGCCAUUGAUCUCAGUGGUAGUGAAACUAUGGAUAAUCAUGUCUACAAUAAGAUAUUUCAUUCUAUUAAACAUACAUUACAUUGUGAUAAAGAUGUACAUAAUAUGGACAAAACCAUGUGUAUAGUCCUCAUAAUGAGUGAAUUCAGUUAGUUUAAAGUGCACCCAUUACACAGGUGUUCACUUGUGCACACAGAUUCUGAUGUCAAACUCCUUGUUAAUUCCUUUGCUUUCAGAUAAGCAGGUGUCUACAAACUUUUGGACAUCAGUGCAC